AUGACAUCAUCCAACAUGGCGGACGAACGUGAUUUGGAUGUAAACAAAGCCAAACUCCGAGAAGUAGAGAGAACUUCACUGGCUUCCGAUUAUGACCCUGAAAAGCUACGAAUUAAUUUUCUAAACCGUACUAAGCCUGUGGUUUUUCAUGGAGCAGCUUCGCUAUGGCCCUGUUCUCGAUGGAGCCCGGAAUUUUUGGCGUCCGAACUUGGUGACCUUAGAACAAAGUUUCGUUUUUGUGUUCGUGAGAAGUCGCCCUCAAAUGAAAAUGGUUUCAAAAGAGCAAUUAUGGAGACAGAGUGCGAAUUCGAGGAGGCGACCUUUCUAGAGUUUGUUCAAUGGGUGAAUGGCUUCUCAGAAAAAUCGGGACUUUUGUCGCGUUUCCAAAGGUAAUCACUUUCAAGCAUUGUUAAUAUAAUAAUCUCAGGUCCUAUGAUAUCCGGUUGAAUUUGUAGGGUGUGUCGCAUUAUAUUCAAGUCCAGCAAUCGUCUCAGUUGAUCUUGACCUUUAUCUUACAUAACAAAAACAAACAACUUAUCUUGUGCCUCUCUGGUGCUUAAUAAACGUGCAACAAAAGCACGCUGUCCUGGCCUAUCUCAAUAUUGGUUGCCCUCUUCUUUGUAAUUAUUUUAAUUAGCGUUGAAAUAUUGCUUGAGUGUAUUAUCAACAAAAUUAAAUCGGCUAACGUAUGGGAAAUAACAAUUAAUGGUGAAUACCACUGAAAUUAUUUAAAGAUAAGUAUGUCUUUAUAUUGGCCGGGUUGUUAUCGGACUGGACAAGUCGACAGGAUGACUCUGAUUAGUGGAGAACAAUGUUAAUAUAUUCCACCUGUUAUUUCAUAAUUGUAUUGUCAAUUUGCAUAUAUCAACACGGCUGAGAUGGUUUUCUUUGAGUUGAGCGCCAAAACGUGACUUGAUUGAUGUCUGUUUAUAAAGGACUCAAGUAUUGAACACUAGAGAUUUAUCUGGAUUCUUAAUGAAUAAUCAUUCAUAAAGGCCGAGACAGGAAGACAAGGACAUUUCUAGAAAUAAAAACAGGGCAGAAUUCUUAAUCUAAUAAACUAAUUUUGGAAGACAUUCUACAAAUGUCCAUCUUGUAUAACUGUAUUCAACCUUACUGAACCUUGCCUAGAGAACACGGUCAAUAAAAGACCAACGUUGGGAAAAAAACUUCAACUGGUUUCAAUUUAUAGAUCAAAUAUGAGCAUGCAAUAAUAUUACUGUCCUUACCAGGCAUGAAUAAAUAGAAAGUAUUGCAUCAGAGAUACAUCUUUUUUGCAUGUAAGGCUCUGAUUCUAUUUUUGCCUUCCUUUCCUUUGUCUGCGAAUCUAUGGAAACUAAAGAUCCCAAAAUGGGGCAGUAGAAAAACGACAAAAAAAGGAAAGAAAAGAAAAAGAAAAAAUGGGAAAGAACAAAAAGAAGGUAUAAAUGUUCUAUUUACAUUAAAGUCAGCAAUAUGGAGACUCUUCUGGCUCUUCCUUUACCUCUUACAUAUAUUACUUACUUUAAUGUAAUUGCUUGAGCCUCAUCGCAUUAUAGGGAGCAUAAGGCCUGUCAACAAUCUUAUGAUAUAAAUCAAGAGAAUUUCUAUAAAAAUCUUUUAAGGUGGCUCGACUGGAUUUUUUGGGGUUGAUACCUCCCCCGUUUGAGCAUUAACUACGUCGGCAUGAGUAAAGAUAUGGAAAAAAGGUUACCACAACUGUAUUAUAUAAAGAUGAAAAUUUCUUAUGAUCUGGGUUUUAUUGCAAUCGGAGUCGCCAUGGCAACGUAAUGACGCCAUUACGUUUUUCAUUUAUUGUUGUGUUUUCCUGUGCCAGGAGUUUUUUGAAGAAAUCGCUUAAGGGAGUAUGUACCUGCCAUAAUUACCUCCAUUAUGGCAAAGUUUGAAGAAAUUCUAUGAGAGCGUUUUCGAGAUAUUUCGAAAUGCAGUUUUAACAAUCAUCAAAGCAGUGAAAUAGCAUGCUAGCAGCUCAAUUCGCUAAUAUUUUAAGAAAAUGAUAAGCUUUGGGAACGCAGCUUCAUCUCUUAGUGGUUUGAUUCCAUUGAAAACUGCAUACAAAAAAAGAGGGGAAUUGCUCUGGGCGAUCGCUAGUAAGAAGAAUUUUAUUAACUUGCAUUCAGCUGCUUUUGAUACAGUUUUUGGAGGUAAUUUGGUCCAUGCCUAAAAAUUUCGCAUUUUUCCAAAAACCGCUCGAUAAAUUUUUUUAUAAAUUCGACAAUUCCGAGAUCAGUCGUCAAGAAAUAUUCCCUGCAAGUUUCAAGAACAUUGAAAACAGGGAAGGCUUUUAAAUAGGGACUCCAACAUAACCAAUUUUCCCCCCAGAUUUUGUGUUCACAAGUGAGCGUCCUUAUUAUUCACUGGCAUUGUUUUCAAGUUUCAUAUGCACGUGCACAAGUAGCAAAAGAUAUAAAUUUGCAUCAAAAAUUACUUUCCGAAGAAAUAUCCGGUAUAUGCUAAUAAUUGGCUUGUAGUCACAGAUAGCAAUGAGAGCCGAAACGGUGAACGUCACGGCUCAUCGUGUAGGAAGCAAUACUUAAUUAUCUUAAUUGGGUUAUAACAUCACAGAAACUCUCACAAAGAAUUGCUCUGAUGUUAUAAUGUAUCACUAACCUCUUUACCCGGUAAUUAGCAUAUCCCGGAGCUUUAACCAAGGGUCCUUUUUGAUGCAAAUUCUAUCUUUUUGCUAAAUGUGCACGUGUAUAUGAAACUUGAAAACAAUGCCAGUGAAUAAUAAGGACGCUCGCUUGUAAACACAAAAUCUGGGGGGAAAAUUGGCUAUAUUUGAGGCCCUAUUUAAAAGCCUUCCCCGUUUUCAAUGUUCUUAAAACUUGCAGAGAAUAUUUCUUGACGAUUGAUCUCGGAAUUGUCGAAUUUAUAAAAAAAUUUAUCGAGCGGUUUUUGGAAAAAUGCGAAAUUUUUAGGCGUGGACCAAAUUACCUCCAAAAACUGUAUCAAAAGCAUCUGAAUGCAAGUUAAUAAAAUCCUUCUUACUCGCGAUCGCCUUGAGCAAUUCCCCUCUUUUUUUGUAUGUAGUUUUCAUUGGAAUCAAUCCACUAUCAGAUGAAGCCGCGUUCCCAAAGCUUAUCAUUUUCUUAAAAUAUUAGCGAAUUGUGCGGCUAGCAUGCUAUUUCACUGUUUUUAUGAUUCUUAAAACUGCAUUUCAAAAUAUUUCGAAAACGCUCUCAUAGAAUUUCUUCAAACUUUGCCAUAAUGGAGGCAAUUAUGGCAGGUACAUACUCCCUUAAGCGAUUUCUUUAAAAAACUCCUGGUACAGAGAAACACAAAGAUAAAUGAAAAACGAAAUGGCGUCAUUACGUUGCCAUGGCGACUCCGAUUGCAAUAAAACCCAGACCAUAAGAAAUUUUCAUCUUUAUGUAAUACAGUUGUGGUAACCUUUUUUCCAUAUCUUUACUCUUGCCGACGUAGUUAAUGCUCAAACUGGGGAGGUAUCAACCCCAAAAAAUCCAGUCGAGCCACCUUAAGAUCAAUUCAGGGUACUCUCAUGACCUUUUAGCCUGGUUUUAAUUUGUGGGGAAAAUCUGAGAAUAAAAAUGAUUUCACUCUUUCCGGACUGUCUCAGAUUUUACUGAUAUGUCAGACAAAUCCAAGAGUCUGUUGCACAUGUCAUUCUGUUUUCUAAUGUGAGGGUAAACACUGCAACCAAGCAAUAAAGGUAUCUUGUUAUCAACCUGCAACCAUUACUUACAGGUCUCUGACAUUCAGAGGGUACAAAAUUGAGUUUAAACAAGUCAUGAAUGAUUGAUAACCAUUACAGAAAUCUGGUACAUGUUUCAAAUUUGUCCUCAAUAUUCUCAGACAAUAAAUAGAGAGGAGAAGUCGUUACGUCAUGUUGCCUUGGUAGCAAAAUUUCUGGAUGACAACAAAACUUCACUUAAAAAGUGAAUUUGGACUGUUUAAAUCUUAUCGAUCUUAUUCAAUUUCAUUUAAUUUAUUAAAUGUUGGCAACAUUUUCUGGUGUUGAAUCCGAAAGGAACAUACUUAAGUGUAGAAAAAGAAAAAGAAAAUAUCUGUGUUGUGUUCACCUACUACAUAAAGCAGGCGCAUGAAAUUAGGAGGUGUCAUGUCACAGUCGUGCAAUGACGGCUAAGAAAUGUGCAAAAAAGCAUGAUGCACGUGCAGUUGUGCAGUUGUUGUUUUGCUAAUCUACACCUAUUUUUUUUUACUUUUCUUGUUGCCCUCGUCGUUAUUGUUGCUUAAGCUCCUUAUUGUUGUGGUCCAGAAAUUGUGCGACCAUGGUAACAUGAUGUCACACUUCUCCUCUCUAUUGGAAAUGUCCGUUAUUUGGUUUAUCCACCUAAGGUAUAACAAUUAUAAUUAAUAAUUAUAUUAUUGUAACACUCCCUAAACUUACUGGUCCUUUCCUUGGCCUUUGCUUGUUGUUCUAAAAAUGGAAAAAAACAAUUUUGUUAAAUUUUCAGAAAUAGCUACUGGUGCUAUGCAGAUUACAAAUACAUGGCAGAACUGUUCAGAGACUUUCCACACCUUCGUCAAUCAGUCAAAUGGGACAGUUUUGGAUUUCCACAAAGAAGUGGUGAUGAAUCAACAAUUUGGAUUGGGAGUGCUGAAGCAUCAACACCUUGCCAUUUUGAUACCUAUGGUUGUAAUUUAGUGGCUCAGAUUUAUGGACAAAAGAAAUGGACUCUGUUUCCACCUGAAGAAACACCAAAGUUAUAUCCAACAAGAAUACCUUAUGAAGAGUCCAGUGUAUUUAGUCAAGUUAAUAUUGAUAAUCCAGACCUUAGUAGAUUCCCUUCAUUUGCAAGUGCUGUUCAAUAUGAGGUAAUAAUAAUAUUAUUAUUUAUAAUAAUAACAAUAAUAAUAAUAGUUAAUAAUAAUGAUAAUGAUAAUGGUAUAUUUAACAGAUCCACAGGGUGGCUCUUCCCUGUUAAAUUACAUUAAAAAUAAAUUAUGUUAAUGACAAAUCAAGUCCAUUAAAUAAGCUAGUAAUUAAGCUAUUCUGUUCUUAUGGCUUGUGAUACUUUUGUUUUCUUAUGACAGGUGACCCUUGAUCCAGGUGAUGUUCUGUUUGUUCCUAAGAAAUGGUGGCAUUACGUGCAGUCAUUAGACACCUCCAUUAGCAUCAAUACAUGGAUUGAACUGGUAAGUCUUUGCCAUAAUCUUCAAGUCAAUCUGAUACGAACAGUUAAAUAUGUUUUACUGACUAAGCCCUAAAAUACACAUUCAAAUGCUUCAGCCUGGUCUUCAUACAUUUCUUUAAAUAAUUGGUUGAGGGAAUUUGAUAAAAGAUCAAAGUAUUUUCCGUUUGGUCUCUUAAUUAACCCCUCUACAACAAUAAUGUUAUAAAAGCAGAACAAACAAUAAUAUUACUUCAUUGUAUUCAUCUGAUCUUUAUCUGAUUUUUUUACUGUUAACUUUAUUUAUUUCUUGUGUAGGAAAGUGACCACAUUGAAAGAGUCAGAGAAGCAAUUAUCAGGACUUUGGUGUGUACAAAACUCUGGAAGGUUUUUUUUUUUAAAAACCAAGUAAAGAUGCUUAGUCAUUAUAGUCAGACAGUGACAACAUUUCCAAACUUUCCUGUCAAUUUGUGCUAGGUGUGUGCCUUAAAAAAUGAGGAAGGAGCUGAUGAAUCAGUGUGGGUCAAUCCCUCUGAGGUGAGACAAUUUUGCAUUUUGUCUUCCAGACUUCGCACCUCCACGUUCACAAUUUUGUAGAUUCAAUAAAAUCUCCAUUUUUCAGGUUUGAUUUAAAUGGUAAUAGUAACGUAGGAUGUUGUCCACAGACUCAAAAUGGUUUCUCUAUACUAAGUUAGUUUAUUGGGAGCAAAGUACAGAGGGUCAUUAGCUUAAUUGAGGUCAAGUGUACAUUUACAAAAAGGUUGAGCUCCAGUUUGUCAUGAGGGCAUUGCAUCUAUGAUCUAGUUAGUUGUUUUGCGAUGUCAAAAGGUCCAGCACCCUAAUCAAUCAGCCUUGCUUCUCACAUUAAAAUAAUUUAUAUCUCUGAAUUUUUUUUUUCAAUCCAGGACAUAGGAACAUAUAGACAGAACAUGGAAUACUUACAUCAAGCACUGAGUGCUGUCAAACAAAAGGAACAUGAGAAUGCAGAGAGGACCGCAGAAAACAUCAAGGAACCACUUUGUAACCUAGAAGAAGCACAACAGCGAGUCCUUAAUGAAUACAAAGAUGAACUAUGCACUGAUGAUCUUAUACACUGCAUAACAACUCCUGAUGUUGUUGAUCUUCUGAUGGAAAAAUUACUAGGGAAAUUUAGGAUUUCUCAAAUGUGUAGCUUACCUUUGAAAUCCUCUCCAGGUGAUGAGAAGGUUUGCUCUAUGGACAAAAUACCAUUUUCAACAAUUUCUAGUGAAGGAGGUGAUCUUCACAAGACAUCAGUGGGACAGGAAGUUGAAAAGCACCUGCCAUGUAAACGGAAAUGUAUAGACAAAUAA